ACUUGUGUAGCAAUGGAAAGUCAGCCAUGGGAAAGCUAAAAAAGCAGCUAACCAUUUGGCAAUGUUUAAUUUGGCCACAAGAGGAGCUGCGCAAACUGCCAAGGUUCGCAUUCUGCCAAUUCUGUGUUUGGUUGUUCUGGCUGCUUAUGCGUGUAUAUCUUUGCAAGGCUGUUUGCCACCUGACUGGUCCUUCUGUGAUUGCGAUUUCCGGGAUAAUUUCUGGAACAGCAUUAUAAACGAUGUGCACUUGCUAUGGGACGUAAAGGAUGGGGCAGACUUUGUUCGCCGAGCUCAAGACAACACCACAUUUCAAGGCAAAUAUCUGCAAUCACCACCAGAAGAUCUGAACUGUCCGGUAGCACCGUCAGUAUUUUGGAAAGCAUGGCCACAGUACGGAAUUACACGAGGUCUCAUAGAAGGAUCUAUGGGUGACUUGUGGAUGCCUGGAGCUAGGGACAGAUUCAAACAAGUCUGCAUAGCCGGGCAUUUGGCACUUCUGUCCAUCUGUUCUCAGCACUUUCUGGUAAAGUCAGCCCGCGCCCAACAAUCUGGCGAUCCUGACCACAUGAAGUGGUUAGAAGCGGCAUAUUCGCAUAUGGUCGCAAUUAGAAACUUGGGCCAAGCAUACCAGAUUCGAAACUGCAUGGGGCAGCAAGGCUGGUCAUUGGAUGUGGGUGCAUUUCACAAAUACACAGAGAAAUGGAUUGGAAGAGAAGCAGAAGGAACCGCUCCACAGGCAGCUUUUCUGAAUGGCAAAGUGGAUCCAUGGCAAAUGCUCUUUACAAAGCCCAUGGGCCACACUGAUGAAAGCCGUGCAGCUAUGCUGCCUGACCGCAAGACUUGUGCUCCAAUGAAGGAUCCUGCUUGUUGGAAACGCAAGUCUUUGCUUCUGAUGGAGACGUGUGAGUAUUGCUGCAGUCCGUUUCAGCACAAGGGUGGAAGAGGAGCAGAUAUCUGUUGGGACAGUGAAUGGACUUAUGAGAGGUGUUGCCAACAGGAUUUUAAAGACCUCAUUUGCGAACUCAAUCGGAAAGGUGAAGAAGGCGGAUGUGUUGACUGUAAGAAAUCUGUCACCUACAUAUGCUUGACUCCCACCGAGAAGCGUUUGAAAGACGCUCAAAACCAGUACAACGAGAAUGUUGAUUCAUUUAACCAGCUUCAGAACAAGUCUCGUGAGCUUGCAGAAAGCAUUCAGAUAGCCCGUGAGGAUCUUGUGCAGAAGGAUUCGGUGUACCGAGAUCUUCACGCAGAUUUGAACAGCAAAAUUGCUAUUUGGCAUGCUGCGUACCACAAUACAUCAAGAUUAUCCUCCCUGGGCAGACUCAAGCAACAAGAAUUGACUUGGAACAAUUCUCGGACCGUGUUGGAAGAGGCCCGGCUUGCUUUGCGUGCAGCCCAAACCAACGUUGCGAAUAGAACCAAAGUCCUCUUGGAUGCUCGGAGGGAUGAAGAAGCAGCUCGUCAGAGUGUACGCAACAACUUUUCCCACUAUGAACGAGCCGUGAAGCACUUCGAAGCAGUUUCGAGCUCUUUGACAUCAGCCCGGUCCACCGAGGUGGCAGCCGAAGAAAAACAUUCGAAAGCGGAAACUGCACGAGAAGAGGCAGAAGCCAAUGCCAGUCAAUCUCUUGCAGCUUCGCUGGAAGCUAACACAUCUCGAGAUGCCCAGCACAGUUCGACCAAGUCAGCUUUGGAGUUUGCUACAAGUGUUAGGAACCGUUCCAGAGCAUCAGCAGUAGAAUACCAGCGUGCCAAGCAGAUUGUCGAUUCCGACCUUGAUGCAGCCAGGACCCAAAGUGUCCGCUUCUCCCGCUCGUGCACAAGUGUGUCUGCAGUGUUUGCACCACAAGCAACGCAAGCUCUGCGGACAGUCUUUGAAAAGCUCAAGGCAGCAGAAGGAUCUUGGCAGCUUGCCCGCACAGCUCGUGGUGAAGCAGCAGACGCACUUGCCUCUGCACAGCAGGAAGAAGACAUGGCAAAGAAUAUCAUCUUAGGAUGCGGCUCAGGUGGCGGCAGCUCUGCCGGUGCUGUUUCAUGCCUUAUUCUGAAAACACCAGCAAAUCAAACGAAGCCAGAGCAGAGACCUCUUCCACUGUGUGUUGGAAGGAGUGACAAGGAAGGCAAACGGACUUGCCACAUUCAAACGGGCUGUGCGAAUGUCAAAACCCCUGCAUCAUGCGAAUCGCAGGAUGGUCAUGGCAAGGACUGCUUCAAUGACACAAUCAUUGAACCCACUGAGUCCACAGUGUUUGAAGUCACGCGGCGUCUUCUGAAAGCGCAGUAUCUAUCCCAAGAAGCCCUCAGUAAUGCAAAAACACGCUUGGGUGUGCAGCCAGAUCAGGCCGUGGUUUACGUACCCUCCGAACUGACCAACGACGUUGAGGCUAAGAAGAGAGUGAGGAUAGACUUGGAAAGCCAACAAGAGGCAGCCACCAAAAUUGUACAGGAUGGCAUCCUUUUGUUGGAAAAGGCCAAGCUCAAUGUUGAUGCAGAAGUCAAGAAACAGAAAGCCAUGGAAGCAGAUGUGCAGGAAGCCCGACGUCAGAGCAGUCAGCUUACAGUGGAAAUCGUUACUUCCGAAGAGUAUUUGCGCACAAACAAAAGCUUCUACGAUGAAAAGAAGCAAGUUCUGAAGAGAUGGCGGCGCACCGCUGAAUCCUUGACUCUUGCUUCCCAGCAAGCCUUCAACCGAACCGAGAAUUUGUCGUCGCAAUAUUUUUUGGCAGUGAGUCAAAGUAACACAAGAAGGACAGCCAAAGAGGAAGCUCGAGAGGAAUUGGCCCGAGCUGAACGGAAUGUUCAGUUGGUGAACCAAACGCUCUCUGACAACCUGACAGUCCUGGUUUCUGCUUGGCUUCAGCAGCAAGAUACGGUGAAGGCGUCGCAGUCAGCAAGGUGGAGUGAAAGACUGUUGGCUGCAGCAAAAGAGGUGCUCGUAACCAUGGUUGGCUCCUUGGAGAGCUUCUUAGACAACUAUGUAAUCAGUCUCUCUGACAAGGAUGCAGUGCUGCAGUUGAUGAACGCUGUGGAUGUGCGUAAGGAAGCCGAGUUGCGCUGGGUGGAAGCAGAGAAGGAUUUGGAGAAAGCACUCGAGGAGGUGCAGAUGGUGAACACAAGUCUCGUGGAUGCAAAGGUUGCGCAUGAAGUAGCGCAGGAAAAAGCUUUCAAUGCCACUAGUGCAGCCAGCGAGGCUGCCGCCCACUGCUGCCGACCCCGGAACAGCAGUAGCCAAUUAAAGGAAAAGGCGGCUGUCGCUGAAGAGCUCCUGAACCACACCAGGAAGUCCUUGCUUGCCCAGCAACAGCAGUUGGAGAAGGUCAGAAAGUUCAUCUCAGACAUUGAGGAGAAGAGCCGGGCUUUUGCCGCAGAUCUCGCAGCUGCAAACAGUGAGGUGGAGAGGCAAUCGGAAACUGUAAGGAAUGCAAGAGAGCGUGCUCAAGCCCUUGAUGCUGAGCUGGUCAAGGCGACAAAAGCGGAGAGAAUUGCAGAAAUAGCUGUGGCAAACGCGAGAGCUGCGUUUGUUGGAAGUACAUUGGCGGACGCUCGCAAGCAGUGCCAGCCCACAGACGCCCAGUUCGAGGUGUAUCUCCACUUUCGCGAAUUGCUCAGUUUGGCAAAACACAAUGUGGUGCAGCGUUUGCUUGGGCUUCAGCUCGCAGAUCAGUUGGUGGCGAGGCAAGAAGCUUUUCUGGGAGAUGCACAGGUCGCGCGCGCAGCUAUCCUUGAUGACAUGGCAGACAUUCGUGGCGCAACCGUUGACCGCUCCACAAGACUGGCCAUAGUGGAUCUUGACAAUGCCAACGUCCAGGCGAAGCAUGAAGCUGCUUCGUUUUCCGCUGUGGAAGCAGAAGAAAGGUUUUCCAAAGGGCAGGAACGGUUGGAUGAAAUUUUGGAUGUCAGACACAAGGCAGAGUUGGCCGCAGCCCGGCGAGUUCAAGAGAACAUUGUUGCUUCGGGGAAGUUGGAAAUCGCGGAGAAGGCCCUGCAGCAGAGGACAGUGGAACUCGACGCGGCGCGGAACCGCACUGGGCAAUUAGAAAAGGACCUGCUUGCUGCCAUACAAGCUGAAGCUGCCGCAAAUGCAUCGCUGAAGUCUUCAGAGGCGUGGCAAAAGCGGUUUAACCAAUCCUUGCAGCUGGAAAGGAAAGAAGAAGCCUUGUCUGAAGCGAAGUUGGAAGAAAGCACAGAGUCGGCAAGUGAGGCCAAAGCAUCUAAACGCGAAGCGCUGAUGAGGGCUUCGCUCAACACGCACAAGAGGCACUUGGUGCUUCUGGAUACGCAGGUGGAGCUUCCGCAAAAGACACAAGCCAAAGCAGAGGCAAGGGCUGCUUUUGAUGCAGCAGAGAAAGAAGUCGUGGAAGCACAGACGAAGCUUGACGUCUUAGUGAAGACGGAAUCGGAGACUCACACAAAGAUCUCAGAGACUUACAAGGAAUUGGAAAGGCUGCAAAUUGAGCAUGCUGAAGCGGAGAAAGAGUACCAAGAUCAGGACCCCCAAGACCGAAAGCGAAGUUUCACGACUUCACUUCAAGGGUCUGGUGCGUAACUGUGCUGCUGCUGCUAGCCAGAACGAAAAGGAGCG